UCAAUGAGUGUAGCAGGUACAUGGCUGUAAGUCGAGUAAGUGGCCACUUAGCACUUCAGCUGUCAUCGCAUUGCAUCUGAAACGUACAUCGUUUCUCUCCUGUUGUGGGACCCUACUGAAUAACUACAGCCUCAAUAAUUCGGAAUGCUUUACUUCACUAAGCUGCAGUCACUGGGAUUGUUGAAGCCUAAAUACGUUGUUCUGCAUUUAAUCAUUUUUUAGAGGUGAAGCAUUACCCCACUGAUGGGCUGAAGUGGCAAGAUAUUUAAUGGUUCCCUUUAAAGGAAAAACAGAAUAUCCACUUGUGUCAAAAAUGCACUACAAAAAUUAAGACUGAAAUAUAUACAUAUGUAUUUAUAAACAUAUCUCUUCUGACUGUAAUUCUGAUUUUUUAAAAAACGACAGCAAAAUCUUUAAGCACUACUGUAGGUGAGCUCUGCUCUUGCCAGCUAAGUAGGCUUGCUACAUUAUAAACAAAGGAAGCAAAAUACAGGGAAGGGAUGACAUCAUCAUCCUCCAGUCAAGUGCUAGUAGAAGAAGAUCAAGCCAAAUCAUUGAAUGAUAAUGCCUCACUCUCCAAAGACCAAGAAAAAGCUGAUAUGGGACAAAAGGCUUCUAAAGGCCAUUCUUCAAAGUUGUGUUUUGGAAAAGGGAAGAAAAAGAUUCAGAAGACUAUGAAUACUGCAAUGGAUACUAAAGAAAAAGUUGCAAGCUCAAACCAGACUUCAACCUCAGCUGGUCAAGACAAAAGUGCAGCAGCAACACCUAAUGAACAUUGUGGAAGUGUUUCUUUUAGUCAGAUGGAUGGCAAAGAAAAUGUACCAAAUAAAAAUAAAAAUACAGAGAAAGAAGCAAAAGACCAGUCAUCAGAAUCGCAUACUAAAAAGAAAAGGAAAACAACAAAUGCAGACCAAGAUGAUGGCUACACGUCAAGUUCAUUACUGUUGUGCUUGAAGAAAAAUAAAUCAUACAAGAAACAAAAGAAAUGCGAUGGAGAUAAAGUUUCAUGUAUCAUUUCAGAUAGUGCAAGCCAAGAUAACUCUUCAAAUAAGGAUUUUAGGCCUGAUGAUAGGUCAGCCCAACAAAUGGAAGGUUUAACUUCUGAGCCAUCUUCAGAUCUAAAAUGUGAAUCAUCUUCUGGAAUCUGGGCAUCAUUUAAAAGCCUCGCAAUGUCACGUUCAAAGGUGCAAAAGUCAAAGAGCAGAAUAUAA